AAACCAAGCGGUUCUCAAGGAACUAUUUCUAAUCAGACAAAGCGUUCGGUUAACAUGAUAUUAAAUGGACUGAAAGAUCUGGAGGCGUUAGUUAAAGAACAUAACCCAAGCUUCGCCAUUGAUCUGUACUCUUGUCUAACAGUUCAGGUUGAAAACCUACACGCAGUUGGUCAUUUCAAGGACCAGUUUCCUACCCUUUUGCAGUACGCACGGAAUCUGGCAAAUACCGUAUACGAAAGCAUUAAGCGUGUAGUACCCUGGAGUGCCUACUACUUCACACAUGAUAAAUCAUAUUAUCCCGUG